GACCCUGAUAACAGAGUCAAAGCUGGCGACCUCAGUGCUUCAAAACAUUGCAAGCAACUGUGCACAAACUGGACUUUAAAGGGGCUUAAUGGUCCCUCUGUAAUUCCCCAGAUAAUACAGGCUUACGCUGAUAACGACAGGACCAGGACCGUCUGUCUGGUGAUCGGAGGUAAAGAGGAUUUGCUCCACAGCAGGGGCCUCUGACCAGACCCCAUCAUUCCCAUUUCUGCUGCAUAUUCCGGCCUUACUUCAGCCAUGUCCGCUUUGCUGCUGGACGUCGACUCCAACCAUGCUAUGUCUCUGGACCAGGCCAAAGAUGAAGCCGUGCGCUCAGCCGAGUUGCCCUCUCAUGCCAGAAGGAGGCCACCUGGGCACCUGAAGUUGACCCGCAGUCUCUCCAAGUCAGACUCGGAUCUGCUGGUGUCGCCCUAUUGUGAGGAGGACGGGGCGUUGGGUGGACGGAGCGAGUCGCUGGCCAGCUGCAAGGCAGAGAGGAAACCAAUGGAGCGGCUGCCCUCGUUCACAUCAGAGUGGGAUGAGAUUGAGAAGAUCAUGACAUUAAUUGAUGCAGGCAUCGAACUCUCCAAGGAACAUCAGCCAGCAUCCACAGAUGCAGCAGGGAGCCGGGUGCUGGAGCAGUCGGUGGGGGAGUGGCUGGAGCACGUGGGCUUCCCUCAGUACGAGAGCAAGCUGCUGCUCAAUGGAUUCGACGACCUGCGUUUCAUGGGUAGCAAUGUAAUGGAAGAUGAAGACCUUAGGGAAAUUGGCAUCACAGACCCGGGCCAUCGGAAGAAAAUUCUUCACGCAGCAAAGAGCCUACCGAAGGUUAAAGCUCUAGGUUGUGAUGGCAGUACCUCACUAGCCUCCUGGCUGGAGAUCUUAGGUCUUGGGGAGUAUCUCCACAACUUCCUGUCCAGUGGCUAUCGCACCCUGGAGUGUGUGAAGAACCUAUGGGAGCUGGAGAUUGUCAAUGUGUUAAAAAUUGGCCCACUUGGCCACAGGAAGAGAAUCAUUGCUUCCAUAGCGGAGCGACCAUAUGAGGAGGCACCUUCAAAGUCCAACCGCUUUGCCCAGCUCAAGAUUCAGGACCUCUUGUCCCAGAACCCCCCUCUUGGUUACAUGGACCCAUAUACGAGUCGUUCCAUGGACAUGCUGCUGCCCCUGGGUGAAUAUGGGAGGAGAAGCAGAGCGCUGGAUCAGGAAUGCAGCGUCUCGCUCCGCUCCUACAGUGAGAGGCCGCGCUCACAUGAACGUCAUACAGAUCGGCACAGGGAGUCCCGGCUAAACCUGCGGCCCACGAGCCAGUCUGCCUCCUACGCCACUGUCUCUACGUGGCACCACCAUCCUGAGAAGCUCAUCACCGAGGCUUGUUGCUAUGAAGCUAGUUAUCUGGGUUCUGUGAUUAUCAGAGACCUGCGAGGUAUUGAGUCUACUCAGGAGGCCUGUGCGAGAAUACGGAAAUCAAAAGACCAUCGGAAAGGCCCCGUCGUAAUCCUGUCCAUCACUUACAGAGGAGUCAAGUUUAUCGAUGCAGCCACUAAGGCCAUUGUGGCGGAGCACGAGAUCCAGAACAUCUCCUGUGCUGCCCAGGACCCUGAUGAUCUCCGCACCUUCGCCUACAUCACGAAAGAUCUGAAGUCUGGGCACCACUUCUGUCAUGUCUUCACCACAGUAGAAGUGACGCAGACCUAUGAGAUCAUUCUGACUCUAGGACAGGCAUUUGAGGUGGCCUAUCAGAUGGCUCUUCAGGCACAGAAGGCCCGGCGUCACAGUUCCUAUGCUGGUCCAGUCUCUGAGGUCAUUGAGACCAAGACCAGCAGACCGACUUCUCAGUAUCGCAACAGCAUGCGUCGGUCGAUGGGUGCACCUGUACUAGAAUGCCGCUGCUGCUACUGUCACACCUGCUCUGCCCACCGCCCCUCCUACCUCCCGCUGCCCUCUGUCAGCCCUGGAGUCCAGAUGGACCCCGCAGAGCAGGAGAUGGACGUGCAGUCCUUGGGCAGCACCAGCUGGCUCUUCGACCCCCGUGACUCCUCGAGGCCACCCAGCAGCGCCAAGUACGAGACCACCAUAUUCUGAAGUGGGGGUACAGCCCUAAAACCCCAGCCCCACAUCCGUCACACACCCUUCCAACUUGACCGCCCCCCUUGCCCCCUGAGAAAACUUUAUUGCCCUGUGCCUUUUCACUGUGAUUUGUAGCCUCCCUCAGGGCAAGAUCUAUUCCCUGCACUCCCCCCAAACCUCCCAGCCCUCACCUGUGUAGCCCUCUACUUCCACUUCUCCAUGUUGAACUGGGUGCUGGAUUUCCUGGACCCUGCCCUCCAGGGCCCUCCUUGAAUUCUCCCGUCUCAAUCUGACGGCCUGCGCAUUUGCCUCUGAAUGGUUUAGCCUGAUCUCUUUUCUUUUUUUUUUUUAUCACAGUGCUGAAUGUUUACGGUCCAACCUCUCAUAUCAGUGGGUUUUGCUGCUGUGAAGCCUCUGAGCACAAACUGAAGUAUAGCGGUUUAUCAAGUCUUCUCAUGUAGUUCAGAGACCUGUAGCGUUUAUAUCUUUACUUUUUUCUUGGCUGACAUGAACCAAACUAUGUUAGCGACGCAAGCAUUUUUCAGAUCAGCACAGCAAUACUGUCAUGACCAGUGUUGAACAUUAUUACCAUUACCAUUUCUAGAUGCGAUGUACAACAAAUUCCCUUUUGCACUGUAUUCCCAAGCACUAUAUAUUCUUUCUAGCUUGACCCACAUUUCCGUAGCCUUGAUUUUUCUUCACGUGUGCUUUUCUUUAUUCCCAAUUCACACCCAGUGCUUCCUCUGUCUUACCAGGCAUCCGCAGCUGUGAGGGCCUCUGAAGAGCACCUAUUCCAGUUUUGCACAGAAGUGUAGUCUGGGAUUUGAAAUGCAAUAAUGAGUAAAGAGGGAAUCAGGGCACAGGCUUAGUACAGUUCCACCCCAAAACGGCACUAAAUGUCCAAAACCAGAUACUCCACUGUUGCGUUUCUGUAAAUCUUUACCAUGCAAAUUCAUGACAAUGUUGUUGGCUGCAUUGAUCAUCCCUUGUUUUACCCCUCCUUACUUUAGCAUAUAUGUAGCAUCACCAGGGCUAUGACUAAGUGUGGUAAAUUGCAGCAUGAAUUUUGAAUUAACUACGGUUAAUUUCUUGAAGAGUUCCAAGUGAAAAUCGUGAGCAGUUUUGUAUUUGUAUUCUUACAUUGUAACAUCACUUAGUAAAUACAGUAUUUGUGUAUAUCUGUUCAAGCUCGUUUUGAUUGCUGGUUUGUUUUUGUAAGUAUGACUUGCUUACCUCAGUCGGCAAUGUUGACAACACAGGCGUUCGUAGGAGACAAAGUGUCUUGCAAUUCAAAUGACGGUAAACGCUUAGGCCUGCUUUCAGGUUGAAAGGAUCCAAUCAUGGACCCAAUUAUGCACCAUAUGAGGGAACGAACUGUAAGCAGGAUGGGGGAUCAAGAGGAAGAUAGGCAAAACACAAUGGAGUGGGUCUUAUCAGCAUAUUGCAAAUUCUGACUUCUGCUUGCCUUUAUGAGAAUGAAAUACAAAAUCAACUCAGAUUCAUUGGCGGAAUGAAGGAUGGGCUACUUUUCCCCUUCAGUCUUCAGUUCUGCAUUUUAUUUUUGAAGCUUCUUUGAUGAGAGAUGCUCCAGUGGUUGUUUUCUUCAAACAGAUUGCCCUCUAAACACACAGUAUUUGAUAUAUUACAUGUUCCUAGUCAUCUUUUGUUGUAUGUUCCUCGCUGUGAAUGUUCUGUGUAUGGUGGGCUGUCAGUCAUGCUCAGUUGCACUGCUUGUCUCUGCCGACUCCUGUUCCCAAGGUCGUUUGUUAAAACAGUGUUGGUUCCUCUGUGACCGUGUUGCACAUCCUCAGCCUCCUGACCAUUGCAUCCACAUGCUGUCACUUGCCAUUAGCCUCGUUUGCCAUUGUUGGUUUGCACCCGUUUCAAAAUCUGCCUCUCAUUGACCACCGCUGUCCCAUCUCAAAUCACACCAUCACAUCGUACUAAAUGUUAGCUUUGUAUGUUUUGUUUGAGACUGUUCAUUUUAGCAAUAUUUUUUAGAUCUUUUUCAAUUUUGUACCAUAUUGCUAGAUUCACUUUAAGCAAAAGACAUAAAAUCCAGUUGGCUAAAGAGACUACUUUCUGAACUCAAAUAUAUUUCUUCCCGUGUAGCUGACUCCGCCUUUCAAGUUUCCGGACACCAAGGUGUGAAUAGAAGGGGAAUCAGGUGAAACGUUGCGUGCGAGUGACAGAUCGAGAUGUCAAUCAUUCAGUGGCCCUAAAUUGCGGCAUGAAGAGAACGAUCCCGUACUGUGAUUACUCCUAUUAUGAGCUUAGACAAAGUCACAGCUUGGAGGAUUUGCUUGAGAGAAGGGCCUGUGCGCAUCACGUCUAAUGUUACACAGCCACAGCAUGCUAGUCUUUUAUAUGUUUGAAUAAAAUAAACUCACUAUUUACUUGACUAUUUAACAGCGACAAGAGACCAUCUCAGAGAGGUCGCCAACUUGGAAUUUUGUGGAAAACUGUGAAAAACUGGAGUAGCAUCCUAGUACUGAACACUGUGUGAACAACUAACAUUUUUAAAGUCCCGUCCCUGUCGCCCUCCCCCCAGCCUGGGGUUUAUUUAGACAUGUGGAACUCCUGGACAUGAAGACUGACUGCAGCAAGACAAUGUACAUUUAGGCUAAUGGCACUGAAGGUAGAUUCGCCUCACUUUUACAACAAGGAGUUAAUAUUCUGUUCACUAUAGGGCAGCUUUUAGUAUCGCUUGGAUGGCUUAUGUGACCUUAGACGCAGAGCCAGUCAAAGUUCUAAGAGUAUGCCUGGAAAAAGAACACCUAUGUCAGAAGUGAUGAGCAAAAAUAAAUCUUUGUAAAUCAAAGCACUGCAUCUAGAAACUGACUUUAUCUGAAAUAAAUUGACUGAUUAAAUACUCACACUGUGAAAAGGCAGAAAGGCAGCACAUUUAUAACCUUUCACAUUAGCAAGUUGUGUUAUUUAUGCUUACGUGGAGCAUUUCACUAAUUUCUAAACCAAAAAAAGCCCCUGUCUUCAUAAUCACUUGCACUUGUCUAUACCAGUUGCAUUUACAUGUUAACACCUUUCUCUUCUUAAGCCUGAGACAUCUUAUUUUGUUUGCACUGAGUAGUUGGGUAUGAUGUUAAGACAGUUUAUUUAAAAAAAAAGGAAAAAAAUGAACUGAACACUGGGCUGUGUCAAAAGAUAAUUCCUAAUUUAUGCUUCCCUACCCAAAAUGUUCAUGUCAUGUAACAAUUCUUUCAGUUAGUUAAGUCACAUCAAUAUAAAUGUCACUGACCUAAUAAAAUUUAAGGACAUUUUCCUUUUUGCCA